GAACCUGUCUCCUCUGCUUCACCAGGCUUCACUUGGUUUCCACACUCCAGCUAGGGAACUCUCUGGCUUCCCUCCUCCCCUGCUCCUGCGAUCUGCAGACUCAAGAGGUAGCUCCUAAACCAGGCUCAGCAUGUCCACUGUCAAGGAGCAGCUAAUUCAGAACCUAACUCAAGAAGAUAAAACCUCCCGGUCUAAGAUCACCGUGGUUGGAGUUGGGAAUGUAGGCAUGGCGUGUGCUAUUAGUAUCUUACUGAAGGGUCUGGCUGAUGAACUCGCUCUUAUUGAUGCUGAUGCAGACAAACUGAAGGGAGAGACCCUGGAUCUUCUGCACGGCAGCCUUUUCUUCAACACUCCAAAAAUCGUCUCUGGGAAAGAUUACAGUGUCUCUGCCAACUCCAAAUUAGUUAUCAUCACAGCUGGCGCCAGGCAGAAGGUGGGAGAGUCGCGCCUUGACCUGGUCCAGCGCAAUGUUGUUAUCAUGAAAUCCAUCGUUCCCGGCAUAGUCCAAAACAGCCCCGACUGUAAAAUCCUGAUUGUCUCAAACCCAGUGGAUAUUUUGACUUACGUGGUAUGGAAGAUAAGUGGCCUCCCUGCAACUCGCAUAAUUGGGAGUGGCUGUAACCUAGACUCUGCCCGUUUCCGUUACCUGAUUGGAGAGAAGUUGGGUGUCCACCCUGUAAGUUGCCAUGGCUACGUUCUUGGUGAGCACGGCGACUCCAGCGUGCCCUUGUGGAGUGGUGUGAACGUUGCUGGCGUACCUCUGAAGUCACUGAACCCAGCAUUAGGAACUGACUCAGACCAGGAACAGUGGAAAAAGAUCCACAAUCAGGUGGUGGAAAGCGGGUAUGAGGUCCUUCGGCUGAAGGGCUAUACGUCCUGGGCUAUCGGGCUCUCUGUGACAGAUCUGACAGGAUCAAUACUGAAGAAUCUUAGGAAGGUGCAUCCAGUUUCCACCCUGGCUAAGGGCUUGUACGGGAUCAAGGAGGAAAUCUUUCUCAGUGUUCCUUGUAUCCUGGGAAGAAAUGGCAUCACAGACAUUGUGAAAGUGAACCUGAACCCCGAGGAGGAGUCCCUGCUCAGGAAGAGUGCAGAAACGCUCUGGAAUGUCCAGAAGGACCUGGAGUUAUAG